AGUCCACGCUCUUCCAAAGCCUUGGAGCGGCGCCUUUUUCCCUCCCCACCGCGCUCUAGCAAAAACGACACGAACGCACAACACCACCCCAAAAAUUUUUUUUAAAAAAAGAAGAAAAAAAAAGAAGAGAAAGCUCUCGCAUUCUAAGAGAGGGAGGGAGGGAAAAAGAGAUGGCCACCUCGGUUGUUCUCAGAGCCAUGCGGCGGAGAGAGCUCUCCUCCCCUCUCGCAUCCUUCUCUGGCAACAUAAAAUCAACAUGGCUUGCUUCGAAUCUUGGUCAUAAAUUCGCAAGUUUUGCUAGGCCAUUCAGCACAAAACCUGCUGCAAAUGACAUAAUCGGAAUCGAUUUGGGAACAACAAACUCAUGUGUGGCUGUUAUGGAGGGAAAGAAUCCUAAAGUCAUCGAGAACUCGGAAGGGUCGAGGACUACUCCCUCAGUGGUCGCCUUUACGCCAAAGGGAGAGCUGCUAGUAGGAACUCCAGCUAAACGCCAAGCGGUCACCAACCCCGCAAAUACAUUUUUCGGGACCAAAAGGUUAAUCGGGCGCCGUUUUGAUGAUCCCUUAGUUCAAAAGGAGAUGAAGAUGGUACCUUACAAAAUUGUGAAGGCCCCAAAUGGAGAUGCGUGGGUCGAAACAACGGAUGGGAAGCAGUUCUCCCCAAGCCAGGUCGGUGCAUUCGUUCUGACGAAGAUGAAAGAAACUGCGGACUCCUAUCUCGGAAAAUCUGUUUCGAAAGCAGUGAUUACCGUUCCGGCUUAUUUUAACGAUGCGCAAAGGCAGGCUACAAAAGAUGCGGGCCGGAUUGCCGGGCUUGAUGUUCAGAGGAUUAUAAACGAACCCACUGCAGCGGCUUUGUCUUAUGGGACGAAUAACAAGGAGGGUUUAAUUGCGGUUUUCGAUCUUGGAGGAGGAACCUUCGAUAUCUCCAUCCUGGAAAUUUCGAACGGUGUGUUUGAGGUCAAAGCAACAAAUGGUGACACUUUCUUAGGUGGAGAAGAUUUCGACAAUGUUCUCGUAGAAUACUUGGUGAAUGAAUUUAAACGAACCGAAGGCAUCGAUCUUUCAAAGGACAGGCUAGCCCUACAAAGGCUUAGAGAAGCAGCUGAGAAAGCGAAGAUCGAGCUUUCAUCGACAACCCAGACAGAGAUCAAUCUUCCAUUCAUAACAGCCGAUGCGUCAGGCGCGAAGCAUAUGCAUAUCGCGCUAACAAGAUCGAAGUUUGAGUCUUUAAUAAACCACUUGAUCGAGAGAACGAGAGAGCCGUGUAAGAACUGCUUGAAGGAUGCAAACGUAUCUACGAAGGACAUAGAUGAGGUUCUUCUCGUAGGUGGAAUGACGAGGGUUCCGAAGGUGCAAGAGGUGGUCGCAGAGCUUUUCGGGAAGACACCGAGCAAAGGUGUGAAUCCAGAUGAAGCUGUUGCAAUGGGCGCGGCAAUUCAAGGCGGCAUCCUCCGUGGAGAUGUGAAGGAGCUUCUGCUUUUAGACAUCACUCCACUUUCGCUCGGCAUUGAGACUCUUGGUGGUGUCUUUACGCGGCUGAUCAACAGGAACACGACCAUCCCAACUAAGAAAAGUCAGGUAUUCUCCACCGCAGCCGACAACCAGACCCAGGUUGGUAUCCGCGUUCUACAAGGCGAGCGCGAAAUGGCUGCAGACAACAAGCUCCUCGGCGAGUUUGAGCUGGUGGGUAUUCCACCAACUCCUAGAGGCAUGCCGCAGAUCGAAGUCACAUUUGAUAUCGAUGCCAACGGCAUAGUGACAGUAUCUGCUAAAGAUAAAGCAACAGGGAAGGAGCAGCAAAUUACAAUCCGGUCCUCCGGCGGGCUCUCGGAGGAAGAGAUUCAGAAGAUGGUCAAGGAGGCCGAGCUUCAUGCCCAGAAAGAUCAGGAGAGAAAAGCGCUUAUCGAUGUGAGGAACACUGCAGAUUCUACUGUUUACAGUAUAGAGAAGAGUUUGAGCGAAUACAGAGAUAAGAUUCCUUCUGACGUUGUCUCGGAGAUCGAGAAUGCGAUUGCCGAUCUGCGCAAAGAGAUGUCGGGAGAUGAUGUCGAGAAGAUUAAAGCGAAGAUUGAUGCCGCGAAUAAGGCGGUCUCGAAGAUCGGACAGCAUAUGACCGGUGGUGGUUCGAAGGGCAGUGGCAGUGAUGAGACUCCUGAGGCGGAAUACGAGGAGGUCAAGAAGUAGAGAGUUAACCGAAGGGUAAUAAUAGAUUUUGAUUCCUAAAAAGUAAGAUGAAGAAGUUUAAUAUAGUAUUCUGGGUUUUUCUUUUGUGCUAGCUGGAUUUGGUACAAAGCAAGCUGUUAGAUUGGCACUUUUAUCUGUGAAUGAGGUUUUUAUCUGUGAAUGAGGUCCACAGUGUUAUUUGUAAAUAGGACUGCAAGGUAUCCAAAAUCUCUGAAGAGUGUGAUUCUACAUGGCAA